UAUUAUCUUGUAAUUUUUAUCAAUCAAAUCAUCCUUAAAAAAAAUAUAGACAAGGGUCCCUGCAUGUGAGAUUUUCUUCUCCCCCUGGUCGGGGUUGCUUAGUUUGCAGUAUCCAAGGUUAUUGAGGAAUCCUCUCGAUAUCAAACUCUCCAAUUCUUGCUCUUCUGCAAAAGUGAAAUUCGGACACGUCUGAUUAUUAUAUCAUUAGCUCUGUUAUUAAUAUGUACUCAAAGUGUGAAGCAAUGGAACUUGCUCGUCAAGUUUUUGAUGAAAGUAUUGAUCUAAAUGUGGUUUGCUGGACUAGUCUUGUUAGUGGGUACUGUUAUAAUGGCUUGAUGAAUGAAGCGCGCAAGAUGUUUGAUACAAUGCCAGAGAGAAAUGAAAUUUCUUGUAGUGCAAUGGUUUCUGGGUAUGUUUGGAACGGUCAUUUCAAUGAAGCCAUUGAGUUGUUUCAAGAAUUGAAGAGUUGUAGUAGUGUGAGGUAUAGUGGAUCUCUUUUGGUUAGUGUCCUUAAUGCCUGUGCAGCAGUAGGUGCAUUUGAAGAUGGGAAAUGGAUUCAUUCCUAUGUAGAUGGGAACGGUUUGGAUUAUGAGCUCGAGAUGGGCACUGCAUUGAUAGAUUUUUAUGCUAAGUGUGGUCACAUAAAAGAGGCUGUUGAAAUAUUUAACAAGAUGCUAUAUAAAGAUGUAACAACUUGGAGUUCUAUGAUCUCAGGGCUGGCUGUCAAUGGAGAGAAUGAAAGAGGAAUUGAGCCUUUUGCAGAGAUGGAGAAGAAGGGACCUACACCCAACGCUGUAACUUUUGUCGCAGUUGUCACUGCUUGUAAUCACAAAAUUUUGUUGAGUGAGGCUUGGCGGUUCUUUGGACGAAUGAGCAAAGUUUAUGGCAUUGCUCCCUUGAUUGAACAUUAUGGGUGCAUGAUUGAUCUUUUGGCACGAGCUGGGCUGAUUAAAGAAGCUGGGAUAUUGAUUAAUAUUAUGCCAAUGAAGCCGGAUGGAGCCAUAUGGAGUUCUUUGCUAAAUGGGUGUCUGAUCCAUGGCCAUCUUGAGAUUGGGGAGAGGGUAGGCAGGCUUCUUAUCCAAUUAGAGCUACAACAUAGUGGAAGGUAUGUCCUUCUAGCAAACAGGUAUGCCACUAAGGGAAGCUGGGAGGAGGUGAUUAGGUUAAGGAAAAUGAUGAAAGAGAGGGGAGCAGCUACCGUUUCUUGAUGGAGUUUCAUUGAGAUUGAUGGGAUUGUUCACAAGUUUGUUGUUGACGAUGAUAAGGUUAUCUACAGUUUUAAUACCAGGCAAUAAUGUUGGACUGGAGACAAGAGUCCCAUGGCGGGUGCCCAUAGGAUGGCAGCGAGCUGAAUGUUGCUUUUGAUUGGCAGGUCUCUGAAUGUUGGUGCACAUAGGAAGGCAAAGUGAAGUGCUACUUGUUCAACUUUGCAAAGAUAGAUCUUAUGCCACCGAGGCCUCCAUUGGAUAACUUUCACUGUUUUGGUGGCGUUUAGUGACAUUCCUAGGAAUAAGAUAACCAAGAAUGUUAUACUCUUGAUUUUUAGGAAGUAAAAGAAAAUGUUUUCUUAGGAAUCAUUUAUUCCCUCCAGCAGUAAGCAUGUGAUACCCAACCAUUUGUAUGGGUAUCUUUCAUUCCUAUGGAAUUAUAUCAUUAAACUGAUGAAAUUGUCCAAAUUAAAUAAACCAUACUCAUCGAAAUUCAAAA